UUGUCGUUUUUGAAGUCGGCUCUGACGUGUUAAAUGAACUGAAUGGCAUCCACAGCCAUACAGCUAGGUAACUAGCUAGCUAAAGCAGGAGGCUAACGUAGGCUGUUGGGUUUGGGAAUAUAUUGGUGGCUUGGAGUUAAUUCCUACAAACGUAUCUGUCCCCUGACAUUUACAUAGCUAGUUAGCUAAUGCCAUUCCAGCAUUAGAAACAUGGUUUGUACGGCCUGGAAAAGUUUUGGAUAAUGAUACAAUCCUGAAAGUUUAGGAAAAGUCAUGGAAAUUCAUUCGAAUGUCUGUUAACGUAAUUUAUUUAGCACCGUUUUUAAAUAUUGUAUCGAUCAAAUAAAAAUCAACAUAUCAGCCAGGAUCGGAAUGACACUUUUGCACGUCUGUGUUUGCCCGCAUAACCUGCAAUUGUGCGAGACAAGUGGGCCGUUACUCAAAGGAGAGAGAGAGACAGUCGGACAUUCCAGCAGCAGAUAAGUCACAAUGGGGAAUAUGUUUGGAAGCCUUUUCAAGGGCCUAUUUGGCAAGAAGGAGAUGAGGAUUCUCAUGGUUGGACUCGAUGCUGCCGGAAAAACAACCAUCCUGUACAAACUCAAACUAGGAGAGAUUGUUACCACCAUUCCUACAAUUGGUUUUAAUGUUGAAACGGUAGAAUACAAGAACAUCAGCUUCACAGUGUGGGACGUUGGUGGUCAAGACAAAAUCAGGCCGCUGUGGCGCCACUACUUCCAGAACACUCAAGGGCUUAUCUUUGUGGUGGACAGCAACGACAGGGAGCGAGUGAACGAGGCGAGGGAGGAGUUGCAGAGAAUGCUCGCAGAGGACGAGCUGAGAGAUGCCGUGCUGCUCGUUUUUGCAAACAAACAGGACCUUCCCAAUGCAAUGAAUGCUGCAGAGAUCACAGACAAGCUGGGGCUCCACGCCCUCCGCCAGCGCAGCUGGUACAUCCAGGCUACCUGUGCUACCAGCGGGGACGGCCUCUACGAGGGCCUCGACUGGCUCUCCAACCAGCUGAAGAACCAGAAAUGAUCCGUUCCACCAUUUUAGUUUUUUUCCGUCUGUCUAACACGAUAGCAGCACCGGUUCCAAGCCCCUUGCCCCCUAUAACUCCUCCCUCCCAGUCUUUCUCCAAAAACCAAUUUUUCUGUAUCAAACCUUACUCCUGGGGCUCUAGCCUGUGCUGCUUGUUUGGGUACUGUGUGUUUGCAGUCAGGUGUGUGCGUGCAUUAUGUGUGUGCGUGGUUGUGAAGGCGUCUCUGUGUCUAGCUGGGAUUAGGAGUAACCCUGGCGUGCCUUUAACACACCUGCUGUGGAAAUAGUGGUCUGGCUCCUCGAGCGCCAUCCCACCCAACCCCACUCUCAGUCAUGCAUGAUCCCCUCUCCCCUCCUCCCCACGCCAAGCAUGGUUUUCACAAGGCAAAGAACGAGCAAUGGUGUAAACGGUCCUCCUCUCUCUCCUUGGUAGAUAUAGAGCUUUAUUUGUACUACCAGUGUUGAGAUUGUAAAAUAGGACGUGCAUUUUGAAACCUUACCUAGCCCCACCUGUGAUAACACUGCAUCGUAACCUGUAUCAGGUUGAAGCAAAUUAAAAAUAUUAUGUUCCACCAUUGGACGUUCUUCGUGUUAUUUGAAAACCAUGCUUUUUUCUUUUUUUGUUAUUAUAUUACCAACAUCUUUAAUGGUUCUCCAGCGAACACUACCUUUUCCCUGCGAGAGAGAGAGAAACCAUGAAGCACAACCCAAUAACCAUAGGGAAAUAUUCAAAUGUUAAAAUUAGCUUCGAAUUUAAAAACUGUAAAUGUUACAUGAAUUCCUCUUGGUCAUUUUUUGAAAAACUUGACAUUUUAUUGACUGAAUGAAUUGAAAGCAAAUGUUGUCCUAAUGGUAAAAGUUGCUCCUGCAUUUUCAACUUAUGUCACCUAUUUAUUCAACUGGGCAUUUCAAUACAUGGUUGUUUUGAUAGGCUGCAUUGGGCUGGUCGAAGGUGGACAUUCAGAAGCUUCAAACUUUAUUCCUUGAAAUGUUACAUGUCUGUUGUCUCUAGUUCUAGCAUUUCUCUUUGUACAACUGCUAAACCAAAUGCAAUUGAGCAGUUUGACAAAUCUUGUAUCUAAAUGUAGUGUACCCUUAAGGGUGUAAAAACUCUACAUUUUUGUUUUCUACCUGGAAAUGUUCACAAGAUUAUUCUUGUCUCAGAGGCUGGCAGUACCUCAGCAAGCUGUACCCAGCUGCUUGCUAAUAUCCUGGAUGUGAUGAAGGAAAAUCACCAAAUAUGAAUGCUCUUAACUGUAACGUUAGGGCUAGGCUAAUGAAGGAAAUAAGCCUAGCUCAAUGGUCUUAGUGCUAACAUUGGCUACAUUUAGCAACUUUGUGCUAUACACUUGAGUUACCAAGACCAACACAACAGGUAUUGGUAUCAGUACUAGUACCUCUAUUCCCAGUGCUGUGUGAAGGACUACAGGGGGGGAUGGGGGGGCUAACUGGUCAUGAGGAUGUUAUGCUGGCACAUCUGUUAAGAAUGAUUGUAAAUCUGUACGUUUUUCCCGCAACUGUUUCUGUGGGGUUUUCCUGAACAUAUUAAACGAUAUCAUUUGAUCCUAAAA